CCGGGGCCGCCCCGCUUCCCGCGCAGCACUUUCGGUUCGCGGGGCGCGGGAGCGGCACGUGGCGGGACCCCCCGCACCGGACGGGUCAGAGCCCCCCCAAGCCAUGGGUGACCCCGAGCUGGGUGCCCGCCCCGCCAGGAAGGGCCCCCUGUCCCCCCGGGGCGGUGCCAGCGAGUCGAGCACGUUGCUGCAGGAGCUCCGUGGCACCAUCUCCAAAUCCGUGCAGAGCAAGGUGGACUCCAUCCUGCAAGACGUGCAGAAGUUCUCGGACAGCGACAAACUCUACCUGUACCUGCAGCUGCCCUCGGGGCCCAGCCUGGGCGAGAAGAGCAGCAGCAGCCUGGACCUGAGCGCCCUGGGCACGGCCGAGUACAUGCACGCCUGCAACUGGAUCAGGAACCACCUGGAGGAGCACACGGACACCUGCCUGCCCAAGCAGGACGUCUACGACGCCUACAAGAGAUACUGCGACAACCUGGGCUCCCGCCCCCUCAGCACGGCCAAUUUCGGGAAGAUCAUCCGGGAGAUCUUCCCCAACAUCAAGGCCCGGCGCCUGGGGGGCCGAGGACAGUCCAAGUACUGUUACGGGGGGAUCAGGAGGAAGACCGUGGUCAGCCUUCCUCCCCUGCCCAGCCUGGACCUCAAAGUCACCGAGACUCAGUCAGAGCUGGCAGAGCUGGUGCAGUCCUACCCCAGCGAGGUGAUGGAGGCCGCCUGUGCCCUGACCUGCGACUGGGCCGAGAAGAUCCUCAAACGCUCCUUCAACAACAUCGUGGAGGUGGCUCAGUUCCUGCUGCAGCAGCACAUCAUCAGCUCCCGCUCGGCCCACGCGGACCUGGUCAUGGCCAUGGUGGUCUCAGAGAACACGGAGAAGACCCCCCUCCCCCUCCAAGAGAACCGCCCCCCCCCCGCCGCCAAGAAGAACGGGCUGGACCCCCCCGAGAGCCACGAGAGGACCCCAGAGCAGAGCAAGAAGGAGCCCCCCCAGCCCUGCAGGCCCCCGCCCCCCAAGAAGAAGCCCCCGGAGCCCCCCCGGGCGAGCAGCAGCAGCAGCAGCAGCCCCCAGGUGAACGCCCUGGUCGCCCGCCUGCCCCUGCUGCUGCCCCGCAUCCCCCCCCUCCCCGAGCGACCCCCCGCCCCCGGCACCACCCCCGGGCCCCCCCCCCCGGUGCUGGUGCCCCGGUUGGCCCCCCUGGGGGGCGGUGGGGUGGGCGGGGGGGGCACGGUGAAGGUGGCCCUGCCCCUGCCCGUGGGUGCCACCGUGGGUGCCCCCCCCGCGCUGCCCCUGGGGCUGAGCCCCCCCGGCGCCAUCCCCGUGCUCAACGUGCUGCUGCCCGGGGUGGGGGUGCCCCCCCCGCACCCCCCCCCGGCCGCGGAGACCCCCGGGGGGGCCCCCGAGCAGAGGUCAAAGGGCACCAAGAGACCCCCGGAGCCCGGGGGGGGGGACGCGGCCCCGCACAAGAGGAGGAGGGGGAGGCCCCGAAAGAGGCCCGAGGAGGGGGGUGGGGGGUCCCCCGGGGCAGAGGGGGGGGCGUCGCCCCCCGGGGGGGGCUCUCCGGGUGGUGGCAGUGCCACUGUCCCCGGGGGGGGCUCUGGUGGAGGUGGCACUGCCACUGUCCCCGGGGGGGGCUCUCCUGGGGGAGGAGCUCCUGAUGGUGGCACUGCCACUGUCCCCAAGGGAGGCUCAGCUGGUGGUGGCACUGCCACUGUCCCCGGGGGGGGCUCUGGUGGAGGUGGCACUGCCACUGUCCCCAGGGGGGGCUGUCCCGGGGGGGGCUCUGCUGGAAGGGGCUCUGCUGGAGGGGGCAGUGCCACCGUCCCUGUCAGUGGCAGUGCCACCGUCCCUGGGGACAGGCCGGUUGAGGGCAGUGCCACCAUCCCUGUCAGGGACAGCUCUGUCACUGCCAGUGCCACUGUCCCUGUUGGGGACAGGCCAGCCAGUGCCAGUGCUGCCACCCUUGGGGACAGGCCACUCAGUGCCACCGUCCCUGUCAGGGACAGCUCUGUCACUGCCAGUGCCACCAGUCCUGUUGGGGACAGCUCUGUCACUGCCAGUGCCACUGUCCCUGCUGGGGACAGGCCGGUCAGUGGCAGUGCCACCAUCCCUGUCAGGGACAGCCCAGUGAGUGGCAGUGCCACCAUCCCUGUCAGGGACAGCCCUGCCAGUGGCAGUGCCACUGUCCCUGGGGGUGGCUCUGCCAGCAGUGACUCUCCCAGUGACAGUCCCACUGUCCCCACUGGGGACAGUUUGGGGAGGGGCAGUGCCACUGUCCCCGUGGAGGACAGGCCAGUCAAGGGCAGUGCCACCACCCCCAGUGGGGACAGCUCUGUCCCUGGCAGUGCCACCACCCCUGGUAGGGACAGCUCUGUCCCUGGCAGUGCCACCACCCCUGGUAGGGACAGCUCUGUCCCUGGCAGUGCCACCACCCCUGGUAGGGACAGCUCUGUCCCUGGCAGUGCCACCACCCCCAGUGGGGACAGCUCUGUCCCUGGCAGUGCCACCGUCCCUGGUGGUGGCUCUCCCAGCAGUGGCUCUCCUGGUGGGGACAGUCCAGGGAGGGGCAGUGCCACUGUCCCCGUGCAGGACAGGCCAGGCAGGGGCAGUGCCACCGUCCCUGGUGGCAGCUCUGCUGGAGGUGGCAGUGCCACCACCCCCCCCACUGGGGACAGGCCAGCCAGUGGCAGUGCCACCAUCCCUGUUGGGGACAGGCCGGUGAGGGACAGUGCCACCAUCCCCCGUGGUGGCUCUCCUGGAGGUGUCUCUCCCAGCAGUGGCAGUGCCACCCCCCCCACUGGGGACAGGCCAGGCAGUGACAGUGCCACCAUCCCUGCCAGGGACAGCCCAGCUGGUGGCAAUGCCACCAUCCCUGCUGGGGACAGGCCAGCCAGUGGCAGUGCCACUGUCCCUGCCAGGGACAGCCCGUCCAGGGGCAGGGACACCCUCCCCACCAAGGACAGGCCGGGUGGUGGCAGUGGCACCGUCCCUGCCAGGGCCAGUGCAGCCAGUGGCACUGCCACCUGCCCCCCCAGUGCCACCACUCCUGUCAGGGACAGCACGUCCAGGGGCAGUGCCACCACCCCUGUUGCGGACAGACUGGUCAGUGGCAGUGCCACCACCCCCUCCAGGGACAGCACGUCCAGGGGCAGUGCCACCAUCCCCAGUGGCAGUGCCACCAUCCUUGCCAGGGACAGCACGUCCAGGGGCAGUGCCACCACCCCUGUUGGGGACAGGCUGGUCAGUGGCAGUGCCACCACUCCUGUCAAGGACAGCACAUCCAGGGGCAGUGCCACCACCCCUGUCGGGGACAGUCGAGCCAGGGGCAGUGCCAUCAGCCCUGCUGGGGACAGGCCAGUCAGAGACAGUGCCACCAGGGACAGGCCUGGCAGUGCCACUGUCCCCCCCAGAGAGAGCCCAUCCAGGGGCAGUGCCACCAUCCCCGUCAGGGACAGCACAUCCAGGGGCAGUGCCACUGUCCCCCCCAGGGACACCCCUCCCAGGAGCAGAUCCAGCACCCCCAGCAGGGACACCCAGUCCAGGGGCAGUGCCACCAUCCCCAGGGGCAGUGCCACCGUCCCUGUUGGGGACAGGCCAGUCAGGGACGGUGCCACCAGGGACAGGCCAGGCAGUGCCACCAUCCCCCCCAGGGACAUCCCAUCCAGGGGCAGAUCCAGCACCCCCAGCAGGGACAGCACAUCCAGGGGCAGUGCCACUGUGCCCCCCAGGGACAGCACACCCAGGGGCAGUGCCACCACCCCCAGCAGGGACACCCUGUCCAGGGACAGAGCCACUGUCUCCUCCAGGGACACCCAGUCCAGGGGCAGUGCCACCAUCCCCACUGGGGACAGGCCAGUCAGGGACGGUGCCACCAGGGACAGGCCAGGCAGUGCCACCGUCCCCCCCAGGGACACCCUGCCCAGGAGCAGAUCCAGCACCCCCAGCAGGGACAGGCCAUCUGAGGGCAGUGCCACUGUCCCCCCCAGGGCUGGCCCAGCCAGGGGCAGUGCCACCCUGUCCCCCAGGGACAGCACAUCCACGGGCAGUGGCACUGUCCCCUCCAGGGACAGCCCAGCCAGGGGCAGUGGCACUGUCCCCUCCAGGGACAGCCCAGCCAGGGGCAGUGCCACCCUGUCCCCCAGGGACAGCCCAUCCAGAGGCAGUGCCACCAGCCCAGUGGGGAACAAGCUGGCCAGUGGCAGUGCCACCAUCCCCCCCAGGGACACCUCACCCAGGGGCAGUGGCACUGUGCCCCCCAGGGACAGCCCAGCCAGGGGUAGUGCCACCCUGUCCCCCAGGGACAGCACAUCCAGGGGCAGUGCCACCAUCCCCUCCAGGGACACCUCACCCAGGGGCAGUGCCACUGUCCCCUCCAGGGACACCCCGCCCAGGAGCAGGUCCAGCACCCCCAGCAGGGACACCCAGUCCAGGGGCAGUGCCACCCCCCCCAGCAGGGACACCUCACCCAGGGGCAGUGUCACCCUCCCCUCCAGGGGCAGCCCUGCUGGUGGCAGUGGCACUGUCCCUGUCAGGGACAGGCCGGUCAGUGGCAGUGCCACCAUCCCCUGCAGGGACAGUCCAACCAGGGGCAGGGACACCCCCCCUGUCAGGGACACCCCCUCCAGGGUUAAUGCCACCACCCCCACCAGGGACACCCCACCCAGGGUUAAUGCCACCACCCCCACCAGGGACAGUCGAGCUGGUGGCAGUGGCACCAUCUCCCCCAGGGACAGCCCAUCCAGGGGCAGUGCCACCAUCCCUGUCAGGGACAGCCCAUCCAGGGGCAGUGCCACCAUUCCCUCUGGGGACAGCCCCGCUGGUGGCAGUGGCACCAUCCCCAUCAGGUACAGCCCAGGGAGUGGCAGUGCCACCAUCCCCAGUGGCAGUGCCACUGUGCCCGUCAGGGACACCCCAUCCAGGGGCAGUGGCACUGUCCCUGUCAGGGACACCCCAUCGAGGGGCAGUGCCACCAUUCCUGUCAGGGACAGCCCCGCCGGUGGCAGUGCCACCGUGCCCGUCAGGGACACCCCAUCGAGGGGCAGUGGCACCAUCACCUCUGGGGACAGCCCUGCUGGUGGCAGUGCCACCGUGCCCGUCAGGGACACCCCAUCCAGGGGCAGUGGCACCGUCCCUGUCAGGGACAGCCCCGCCGGUGGCAGUGCCACCAUCCCCAUCAGGGACACCCCAUGGAAGGGCAGUGGCACCAUCACCUCUGGGGACAGCCCCGCCGGUGGCAGUGCCACCGUGCCCGUCAGGGAUGUCCCCUCCCGGCCCGUGCAGCCCGCCCGUGUCAGCGUCAUCAGGGACGGCCGGACCCGGGGCCGGGUGGCACCGCCCGUGGACCCCCUGGCACUGCAGGGCCUCGGCAGGGCCGGGACCCCGUUGGGGGGCACCGGGGACUGGGGGGACCCCCGGGGACACCCCCACGGCGCACCCCGGGACGGACAGACGGGCACGGGCACGGGUCCUGCUGCCACCGCUGCACAACAUCUGGAUGUGUCCCCUCACCCCCCCCGACCGCACCAGUAAAAACCAGUCACUCCGCCC